CCAGCAACCACUCGGUAUUAAUUCUUCUUGUUUAACUUGCCCGCCCUUAGUUUUCCCCCUUUUGUUGUUUAUGAAAAAAUUUAAUCCAAUGGAGUCCUUAGUAUCAUUAAUUCCCUUCGUUUUCUAUUCUAAUUGUUUAUGCAUUUGAUGUUUGAUAAUUUAUAGUGAUUGGAACGAAAGUGCUUGAUUGCCCAUUUGUGAUUUAGACACACUUCUUGUAAUUGCUCGUUAGAAAAAAAUAACCUAUGAAUUUAACUUUAGCUAUGAACUAAAAUUAACUCAUGCACUUAAUUUUUAUAGAACACUUCUCAUCUUCCUUCUCUGUUCCUUAGCUGCAUACUUGACUUUAAAUUAUGGGGAAUUUCAUUUUAUUUUAUUGUAGGUUUUUUCUUUCAUGUGAAUGUUAAUCCAAAGAUGGCCAUAAUCGUGUUAAUGAUAUAAUUGCGCAAAUUUUACAUGGUGAUGAGUUUUUACUUUAUAGAAGUUAUGCCAAUCUAUUAUUUCAUGAACUGGAGAGGAUUGGAGAUCUAACACUGCAAAGGAGAAACAGGGAUAAUUGUGAAGGAAGCCCGUCACAUAACAGUGAACUGAGGACAAUGUCUGCUGAAUCGCCAAGUUCUGUUCGUAAAGUGGUUGUUCAUCUCAGAGCCACCGGUGAUGCUCCUAUACUCAAGCAAUCCAAGUUCAAGAUAGCAGGAACUGAUAAAUUCGUUAAAGUGAUAGACUUUCUCCGACGGCAGCUCCACAGGGAGACAUUGUUUGUUUAUGUCAAUAGUGCUUUUUCUCCAAACCCUGAUGAAUUGGUCAUUGAUCUAUUUAAUAAUUUUGGUUUUGAUGGGAAACUGGUGGUCAACUACGCUUGCUCCAUGGCGUGGGGCUAAACCCUGAAUCGUGCUUGUUGGAUACUAAAGCUUCAAAUUGUGAAUACACAUUGAUUCCUUUCACAGUACACGAUUUCCUUUUGAGUUGGAUAUUAUCACCAGACCAAGCACAGAAAACCUACACAGGACUCUAAUCUGGAUAUUUCUUAUUCUUUUUUGUAUAUUUAUGCAUGGCUACUAAAUCUUGUUUUGAUAUACAUCAAAAAUAUUUAUAGAAAAUUAGAAAAAAAAUAUAUUGAUGAACUUCUUCAUUAAUAUUUCAUAAAUGUUGACAAUGUUGUGCUUCA